AUGCCACUGAAACAUUAUCUCCUUUUGCUGUUGGGCUGCCAAGCCUUGGGUGUGGGGCUCGCCUACUAUGGCUGCCCUAGCGAGUGUACCUGCUCCAGGGCCUCCCAGGUGGAGUGCACUGGGGCACGCAUUGUGGCAGUGCCCACCCCUCUGCCCUGGAACGCCAUGAGCCUGCAGAUCCUCAACACGCAUAUCACUGAACUCACGGACUCUCCGUUCCUCAACAUCUCAGCCCUCAUUGCCCUGAGGAUUGAGAAGAAUGAGUUGUCACACAUCAUGCCAGGGACCUUCCGCAACCUGGGCUCACUGCGCUACCUCAGCCUCGCCAACAACAAGCUUCAGGUUCUGCCUAUCGGCCUCUUCCAGGGCCUGGACAACCUUGAGUCACUCCUUCUGUCCAGUAACCAGCUGGUGCAGAUCCAGCCGGCCCACUUUGCCCAGUGCAGCAACCUCAAGGAACUUCAGCUGCACGGCAACCACCUGGAAUACAUCCCUGAUGGCGUCUUUGACCACCUGGUGGGACUCAACAAGCUCAAUCUGGGCAAGAAUAGCCUCACCCACCUCUCACCCAGGAUCUUCCAGCACCUGGGCAACCUCCAGGUCCUCCGGCUGUAUGAGAACAGGCUCUCGGACAUCCCCAUGGGUACUUUUGACGGGCUUGUCAAUCUCCAGGAACUGGCUCUCCAGCAGAACCAGAUUGGUGUGCUCUCCCCUGGCCUCUUCCACAACAACCGUAACCUCCAGAAACUCUAUCUGUCCAACAACCUCAUCUCUCAGUUGCCCCCUGGCAUCUUCUUACAGCUGCCCCAGAUCAACCGUCUCACACUGUUUGGGAAUGCUCUGAAGGAGCUCUCUCCAGGGAUCUUUGGACCCAUGCACAACCUGCGGGAGCUUUGGCUCUAUGACAACCACAUCACUUCUCUACCUGACAACGUCUUCAGCAGCCUCCGCCAAUUGCAGGUCCUGAUCCUUAGCCGCAACCAGAUCAACUUCAUCUCCCCAGGUGCCUUCAAUGGGCUGACAGAACUUCGAGAGCUGUCCCUUCACACCAAUGCACUGCAGGACCUGGAUGGGAACAUCUUCCGCAUGUUGGCCAAUCUGCAGAACAUCUCCCUGCAGAACAACCGACUCAGACAACUCCCAGGGAAUAUCUUUGCCAAUGUCAAUGCCCUUAUGACCAUCCAACUGCAGAACAACCAGCUGGAGAACCUGCCCUUGGGCAUCUUUGAUCACUUGGCGAAUCUGUGUGAGCUGCGGCUCUAUGAUAACCCCUGGAGGUGUGACUCAGACAUCCUUCCUCUCCACAAUUGGCUGCUGCUCAACCAGCCCAGGUUAGGGACAGACACCCUCCCAGUGUGUUUCAGUCCACCUAGUGUCCGAGGCCAGUCCCUCAUCAUCAUCAACGUCAAUGCUAUUGUCCCCAGUGUCCAGGUUCCAGCAAUUCCCGAGGUGCCCAGCUACCCAGAAACACCACAGUACCCAGACACAUCCAGCUACCCUGACACCACAUCCAUCUCUUACACCACCGAGAUCACUAGUGCCGUGGAAGACUACACUGAUCUGACCACCAUUGAGGUCACCGAUGACCGCAGCACGUGGGGCAUGACCCGGGCCCAGAGUGGGCUGGCCAUUGCUGCCAUUGUAAUUGGCAUCAUUGCCCUGGCCUGCUCCCUAGCUGCCUGCAUCUGCUGUUGCUGCUGCAAGCAGAGGAGCCAAACGGUCAUGAUGCAGAUGAAGGCACCCAAUGAGUGCUAAAGAG